AUGAAUAGGCUACCCAAUUUUGUCUUGCCUUUCUGUGCUCACGCCGAUUCAUGUCUUUUACACACUUCCGUUGUCCUUUUUCCUUUUUCUUUAGAUAUUUUUAAUUUUUUCCAAUCACAAAAUACAUUGGUAUUAUGUUCAAAACUAUGCAUCACGCAGUAUGAUCAUCAGUACCUAGAUGUGACGUCAGGCCCUAGUCACUAUUACGACUAGGGCCUGACGGUCUACGGUCUGACGAAAAGAAACACAAUCAAAUGAAAGCUAUUAUUUAAAAUCAACAUUAAAACCAAUAGGCGGUCAAAAUAACAAAGCAGACCUAGCUCAUAUAUUCAAUAAGUAAUGAGAUCAAUUAGUAAUUAAAGUUUGGCAAACG